AUGGAAAUAUUACGAAAAGAAAGAGGUAUAGCCAGGAGGCUUUUUACAACCGCGAAAAACGAAUUUGAAGCUAAUUUAGAGUCAACAAAUAUCGACGAAAUCACCGCGGCCUUCAACAAACUCCAGCUUCGAGCCGAUUCCCUGUUCAACGUUGACCUACGUAUAAAAGAACAGUGGCUAAAAACGGACGAGAUGACUGAAGAUGAAAUUUAUGUAGAUUGCAUGACCAGCGAUAAGUAUCUAAGCGACUGGGAGCGUAUAAAAGUCAUGUACGAAAGCGUUUCUCGGAAGAACGAACGCAUGAAGAGGUCUUGCAAGUCUAGCGGCAGCGAUGUGUCGAAUAACACACAAAAAUCUCAUCAAUGUUGUGAGAAGUCGGCACGCAGUAGUGCUUGUCAUUCAAGACGAUUCCGUCUACCGAAAUUUGAGUUACGGAAGUUUCACGGCAAUACGAAAAAUUGGAUUGGUUUUUGGUGUCAAUUUCAGAAAAUCGACGACGACGAGACAAUAGACGAUGGAGAUAAGUUUCAGUACCUUUACCAGUGCACUGUUCCAGAUACUCCAGCGCGAGAGAUCGUCGAGAGUUUUCCGCCGUCGGGAGAUAACUACAAGAAGGCUGUGGAGCAAUUGAAGUCCAGGUUUGCACGUGACGAAAUGUUGAUCGACAUUUAUGUGCGUGAACUGCUUAAUCUUGUACUAGCACAAGCAAAAGUUGAGUCCGCCUUGCCCGAAUCUGUUUUACGAGCAUGGCAGAGAUCCCAUGUACUGGAGGAGAAGGGCGACGAUCAUCUGAACCAGCUUAUGCAGUUCCUGAAACGCGAAGUGGAGUCGGAAGAGCGGAUCCAGCUCGCGCGCACCGGGAUAGCAUCGGGUGACAGUUUGCAUAGCGUUUCUACUCAACCCACCGCGGCAUGCUUGGUGUCAACGGAAGACGCAGGUAAGAAGAUUUGUUGCGUUUGGUGUGAAAAGGCAUCGCAUAGCAGUUUCGAGUGCUACAAAGCUAACAAAAUGUCGUAUGAAGCUAGGAAGGAAAUGCUAAAUAAAAAAGGAGCGUGCCUUAUAUGUUUAAAAACCGGACAUAAUGCGAAAAGAUGCAAAAAUUUCACAAAAUGCCUUUUCUGCUCCAAACGUCAUUCUGUAUUGAUGUGCCCUGACAUUAAAACGUCAAGUCAAAAUGAAACUGAAAAAACUUCGAAUGUUGAAACGUCAAAUUUAAAUAAUAACGUAACUCAAUAUAAGGCUAGUACUACACUGUUGCAAACGUUCAUGGCGAAUAUUAUGAGCGAUAAGAAAUGUAUACGGGUACGAUGCUUUAUUGAUUCGGGUGCACAGAAGACUUAUUUACGUCGCGAUAUAAUAGAAAAUUUAGACUUGAAACCUGUCGGCAAAGAAAUCGUGUCAAAUUGUCUUUUUGGCGGGAUUGAAACUAAGAAGGAACUAUUUCAUACCUACGAGUUCACGCUAGCAAGCUUGGAUAAGAAAUUUGAAUGUACAAUGACCGCGCGAGACAAGUCUACGCUCUGCGGGUAUGUUCCUCGUUUAAAUGUAGACCAUGAGAUGUUUAAAGAGUUACAGAAACAUAAUAUUACGCUGAGCGACGUCGGCGAUGCGGCAGUGGGCAACCCGCGGGGGGAUGCGGCAGCACCUGACAUCGGGCUGUUGAUCGGCGCAGACCAUGCAGGCGUGUUGCUCACGGAGAGUUUCUUAAAACUGAACAAUAACCUCGUGGCAAUAAAAACUAAAUUUGGAUGGACGCUUCAAGGACCUGUUAUGAACACAUGCAGUGUCUUAAUGAACGUAGUAUUAGAAAAUGAAUAUAAGUUGAAAGAAAGUAAGAAAGUAGUGCUCGCUAACAACACUGCAGAUUAUACCUUACGAAGAUUUAUCCCGAGACGUGGAAGAGUUGACACAAAAUACACGGAUAAUUCUAACUUCCACGAAGCUGAUAAUCUUCUGAUGACUCUGAACGUGAGGAACAUUAAGAGGAAGUUUAGUUCUCCUGCAGCGCCAUGGCGGGAAGAUUGGUGGGAGCGUCUCAUACGCUCUUUGAAGGACCUCAUGAAACGAAACUUACCUUACCAGUUCCACAGUGAUCAACAGGCUCAUGCCUCUGGUAUGUUUGCGGAGGCACAGAUUGACAGCUUUGCGGCGAUGAUGCGCAAGAGGUGCGCCUCACUGAUGCGUCGCCUGCGCGCCCCCAACAGCAUCUGA